GAUUUGUAUCCAACAACAAGUGUAUAAACCGUCAAGAUGAUCACAGACUCACAGUAAUUAUUGUACAUCGUUUUUCCCAGCAAAGUUCUAGAGAAACCAAGCUAGACAGUGUCCAUGGCAGCUGUAACCAAAGUGAGUUUAAAACUUAUGAUAGACACAGAAAGACGGAGAGUGGUUUAUGCUGAAGCAGGCAAGGAUUUCGUGGACUUCCUCUUUUACAUUCUUGCCCUGCCCAUUGGAACUCUCAUUCCGCUUCUCGAUCAAGAAAUGGUGGGCAGCUUGGGAAACAUUUACAACAGCAUUGCAAAUGUAAGUACAACUUACCUUCGACCAAACGUGAACAAGGAGUCUCUCCUGAAGCCCAUGGCAUACUUCUCUGGUGGUACUGGACUCCCUCUCCAUUUGCCAAACGUUGAAUCAUCCAGGAAAUUGUAUAUGUCCUGCAAGUGCCUGCACGUUUCUGAUGAGUUCAACACAAUAUGUGUGUGCGGGAGAUCUAUGGACGAAGAGACAAAAUAUAUUGGCACACCAAGCGCAAACAAUCCCUAUUCCAGUGUGGGAGAUUAUGUGAAAGGAAAGGUAACAUAUAUGGUGACGGAUGAUCUGGCCGUGAAACCAUUAUCCACAAUUUCUGUUCUCACACUGUUUAACAAGUUUAAUAUCAAGGAAAUAGGGGUUCUUGAGGAGAAAGUGGUCGAUGUGGGCAUGGAUGAGGUUGUGAAAUUGCUCAAAGCUUCUCUGCUGACUAAGAGUAUUCUCACUGAUGUCUUCCUCUCGGUUGUGAAAGAGGAAGUUGAUUGUUCAAAAAAAGGGAAAGAGGAAGAUGAUCGGUGAAAGCAACUUAAAAUUUAAGUGCAACAAUUCUGUGGGAUUGCAAGGAGGUGUUUUAGUUUCAAAUAUGUUAUAAAAAUAUUGCUAUGUUAGUCAAAACUGGUGUGAAAAUGUAAAGGGGAUCGAAGCAUGCUUGCUCUUCUUAAUUUUUUUUUCUUUUUUCUUUUUCAGAGUGCUCAAUGUUUCAAGAGAUGAGAUGUAAGUAUGUAAAGUUUCUAUUAAUUAUCUAAGGAUAUUGUUUGGUAUU